GACAAAACGUAUGUUGGCUUCCACCAAAAACUCGUUGCUCUUCUUUCUCCACCGCUCCAAACCCCAAACGCACUGCGUCCUCCUCCGCCACCUCGCCACCGUCAAUGCCGCUCCACAAAACCGCGUUGUCCCCACCAAGGACGACUACUUCUCAGCCAUCCAACACAUUACCAACAUCGUACGGCGCGACCACUUCAUGGAGCGCACACUCAACAAGCUUCGCAUUACCGUCGAUUCCGAACUCGUCUACCGAGUCCUCCGCGCCUGCUCAGCUGCAGGCACCGAGUCACUCCGAUUCUUCAACUGGGCCCGGACCCACCACCCCACCUAUCACCCCACGACAUUAGAGCUCGAAGAGCUGGUGAAGACGCUGGCUCGCACCAAGAAGUACGAGUCAAUGUGGAAACUCCUCCAAUCUAUGCAAACCCAUCACGGCUUAACCCUCUCUCAAGAAACCCUUUGCUUCGUUAUCGAAGAAUAUGGCAACCACGGCCUUGUUGACCAGGCCGUUGAGCUUUUCAACCGAGCCCCCAAAACCUUUAAUUGCUUGCAGACCGUGGAGGUAUACAAUGCUCUGCUCUUCUCGCUUUGCCAAGCUAAGCUCUUUCAUGCUGCUUAUGCUUUGGUGAGAAGGAUGAUACGAAAAGGGCUUGUCCCGGAUAAGAGGACUUAUUCGAUUUUGGUGAAUGCUUGGUGCUCCAAUGGGAAAAUGAGGGAGGCCCAAUUGUUCUUGGAGGAGAUGAGCAGUAAAGGAUUUAAUCCGCCGGUUCGAGGGCGUGAUCUUCUCGUCGAAGGGUUGCUGAAUGCCGGUUACAUUGAGGCUGCUAAAGAAAUGGUAAGGAAAAUGGUUAAGGAAGGGUUUGUUCCUGAUGUUUCUACUUUCAAUUCGUUGAUGGAGGCUAUCUGUAAAUUUGGGGAGGUUGAGUUUUGCAUUGAUCUGUAUUGGGAAGCAAAUGGUUUGGGGCUUUGUCCUGAUAUCAAUACUUACAAGGUGUUGAUACCUGCGGUUUCAAAGGUGGGUAGGAUAGAUGAUGCAUUUAGGCUUUUGCAUAAUUCGAUCGAGGACGGGCAUAGGCCAUUUCCAAGCUUGUAUGCGCCUAUAAUCAAGGGGAUGUGCAGGAGGGGUCAGUUUGAUGAUGCAUUCUGCUUUUUUAGUGAGAUGAAAGUUAAGGGGCAUCGCCCAAACAGGCCUGUAUAUACCAUGCUGAUCACCAUGUCUGGGCGCGGAGGGAGGUUUGUUGAGGCUGCUAAUUACUUGGUGGAAAUGACUGAGAUGGGGUUGAUGCCGAUUUCGCGGUGCUUUGAUUUGGUUACUGAUGGGUUGAAGAAUUGUGGGAAGCAUGAUAUGGCUAAGAGGAUUGAACAAUUGGAAGUUUCUCUCCGGGGUACAUGAUGUUUCAACUUGAUCGAGUGUUAAGUGAUGACAGUUUAUUGCUGUUUGAAGCAUAUGACAAUGAUGGCGUUGCAAUAUGCACUGCUUCCCGAGUAUGAUAAAAAAGUGGGGAGGGAGAAACGAUGGUGCAGGUGUAUUUGAUCAAGGAAGAAAUGAUAUUGAAAAGAUUGCAUGUCUCUGUUCAAUAUGCAAACUUUGAUAAAUGCUUUAUAUGCUCAAUGAGGCCAGGCAUUAGUACACAGCAGGCUUUUGAUUAGCAAACAUCGCGUUUCAGUCAAUUUGGAUGCUCAACAACAGUGUGACUGCUUUGAGAACAUGACAGCAAGAAGGUUAGUGAAUUCAACGGGACCAAGUAAGUUCCAACUAUCAGAACUGUCCGCCAUUGAUCAUUUUAUUAUCUUUUGGUGAAUUAGAUGAAAAUGCCCCUCUGCGCCCAUGUGCUGCUGACGCAUGCUUGGGGGCUUGACCUAGCCUUUUGAUUUUAUUCGUAUAAUUGAGACGAGUCCCUUGCUAUUUAUCCCCUAAUGUUUUCUGUUCAUAAAUUGUUCUUUUUUUAAUUUACACUUUUUUUUUAAAUCAAAAUUUGUAAUCUACAAUUAGCACACAUAUAUUACCAUAAAUUGUAAAUUAAUAUUGUAACAAAAGUAGUUCUAAAUAUUGUUAUAUUAAUAAUAACAAUGUGUUUUGAGGGCUUCGGAGGCAUAAAAAUAUACAAAAAUUGUUCAAUUUUAACAUGCCCAAAUAGAUCACUACAAUAUAAAAGAAGCUAAUUAGAUGCAUUCAUUAAACUUGUAGCGAUGCUAUUUCUCAAUGCUUCCAUCUCUUAUGUUCCAUUGUCAUUAAGACUAUGAAGUUCUUGUUGUACAUCAACAUCCUCAUUUAUCUCUUCACUUAAGAUAUCAUUUGAAGCAUCAAAAUGUCUAUCACGUUGGGCAUGCCUCCUUAUAUAAUUAUGAAGUGUCAUUGUAGCAAUGACUAUCUUCACUUGCUUGUUGAAUGGAUAAUUAGGCAUAUCUCUUAAAAUUUUCCAUCUUUUCUUCCAUACUCCAAAGGUUCUUUCAAUAACGCUCCUAAGAGAAGAAUGAACAUGAUUGAAUACCUCUUUAUAACCAGUUGGUUGGCUUCCCCUACGAAAAUCCGGGAGAUGAUACCUUUCGCCUUUAUAUGGUCCCAAAUAACCUCUCAUCUGUGGGUACCCUGCAUCUACUA